AUGUUCGAGGAGCCCGAGUGGGCCGAGGAGGCCUCCUUGGCCGCGGGCCUCGGGCCGGUAGCCUCGCGGCCGCGGCCUGCGGCAGCCUGUCCAGUCAAGGGCUCCAAGCGCCGACAGCUCUUGGCCACGCUACGGGCCCUGCAGGCAGCAUCUCUCUCCCAACAACUCCCCAGCCUACCUGGCAGCGACUCUGAGGAGGAGGAAGUGGUGGAGAGGAAAAAGAAACGCCCAAAAAAGGCCUCAUUGGCCAGUGUUCCUACUAAGGCAGAGCAGAAAAGGAAGAAGCAGCAUCAAAAACAAGGCCUACCUGGCAGUGACUCUGAGGAAAAGGAAGUAAAAAAGAAGAAGUGCCGGAAAAGGGCCCUUGAAAGUGAUUCUGCUGCAGAAGACAAAAGAAAGGGGAAAUGCCAGAAACAGGCGCCUUCAAACCCUGCCCAGCACCUGGACGGCGUUGACCAAACAGGUGCCACAGCUUGGGAGAGUGGUGCUACAGGUGACCCGUCCAAGCCAAGCCCUGUGACCACGUCCCCCCACACUCCCCAUGCCCUGAGUCGCAAGCAGUGGCGGAACCGGCAGAAGAACAAGCGGAGACACAAGAACAAGUUCCGGCCACCUCAGCCGCCGGACCCGGCCAAAGCCACCGCCCCCACAGAGGAGACCGAGGUGCCCCCCGCCCCCACUCAGGGAAACCACGAGGCCCGCGCAGGAGCUCUGCGAGCCCGCAUGGCGCAGCGGCUGGAUGGUGCUCGAUUUCGCUACCUCAACGAGCAGCUGUACUGCGGGCCCAGCAGUGCCGCACAGCGCCUCUUCCAGGAAGACCCCGAGGCCUUUCUCCUCUACCACCGCGGCUUCCAGAGCCAAGUCAAGAAGUGGCCACUACAGCCGGUGGACCGCAUCGCCAGGGACCUUCGCCAGCGGCCUGCGUCCCUGGUGGUGGCUGACUUUGGCUGUGGGGACUGCCGCCUGGCUUCAAGUAUCCGGAACCAGGUGCACUGCUUUGACUUGGCCUCUGUGGACCCCAGGGUCACUGUAUGUGACAUGGCCCAGGUGCCUCUGGAGGAUGAGUCUGUAGAUGUGGCUGUGUUCUGCCUUUCGCUGAUGGGAACCAACAUCAGGGACUUCCUGGAGGAGGCAAAUCGAGUGCUGAAGCCCGGGGGUCUCCUGAAAGUGGCUGAAGUCAGCAGCCGCUUUGAAGACGUUCGCGCCUUUUUGGGAGCCGUGACCAAACUGGGCUUCAAGAUCAUCUCCAAGGACCUGACCAACAGCCACUUCUUCUUGUUUGAUUUUGAAAAGACUGGGCCCCCUCGAGUGGGCCCCAAGGCUCAGCUCCUAGGCCUGAAGCUUCAGCCGUGUCUCUAUAAGCGCAGGUGA